AUGACUCGCGCCCAGCAGACUCUCUCUGUUCUUCUCCUUGUCUCUUCACUUUAUCUUGUCCUAUACCUCGGCCUUGUUCCCCUAAAUGAGACCAUUCAGAAUGAAGUCAUCCCUGUUCUUCCCUUUUACGCCUUGAUAUGUUUCGGAUGCUACCUGUUAGGACGAUUGGGAUUGGCAAUAUUAACUUUCAAUGAUGUCCCCGAAGCGCAUGCAGAGCUACAAAAGGAGAUCGAGCAAGCCAAGGCCGAAUUGCGCACACAGAAUGUUGAUGUUGAUUAA